GUGCUCUUUCGACUUCCGUCGUAGAAUAUUUUACCAGCUGUGCUCGCCGGAGCUGAGGAAAACAGAGAGAGAUGCAGGUUCCUCUUCUUCUCUAGCUCCGUGCAGAUCUGCAUCUCCCCUUCCCGCUAGAUCUCCGAUCCCACGAGGCCAAAGCCCGCGCAGCGAGUGCGGUGAGGAGCGAGCUGGAAUCGAGAAAUGGCGGGUGGAGCGGCGGGCGGGUUCGUCACCCGAGCGUUCGAGUCGAUGCUCAAGGAGUGCGCCAGCUCCAAGAAACAUCCCGACCUCCGAAACGCUAUUCAGUCGUACAUAGACAGUACAAAAGAGGUCGCUCAACCUUCUGCUAACAAUGAGGCAAAGGGAGCACAACAAUUGGCUGCUGAGGGGAGUGUGGCUGAAACCAAUGGUGGAGGCGCAAAUCAAGUAAUAGAACCUGAUCAGUCGCACACAGUAGCACCCAGUGGUGAGGGAGCAGAGCAAGUUGUGAAGCCAGCGGUUGCAGCUGGAGCUAUUACAGCUGCAUUGGCAAGUGCAGGGCACACACUAGGAGGAGCUGAGGUGGAGGUUGUCCUGAAUCCACUCAGACUUGCUUUCGAGACAAAGAACUUUAAAAUUCUGGAACCUGCUCUGGAUUGUCUCCAUAAACUUAUUGCGUAUGAUCAUUUGGAGGGAGAUCCUGGUUUGGAUGGUGGGAAGAACGUUCCUUUGUUCACAGACAUUCUGAACAUGGUUUGUGGUUGUGUCGAUAAUUCAUCACCUGAUAGCACCAUUCUGCUAGUGUUAAAGGUACUUCUCACUGCUGUCUCAUCAACAAAGUUCCGAGUGCAUGGGGAAUCUUUGCUGGGAGUUAUCAGAGUGUGCUAUAAUAUUGCUCUUAAUAGCAAAAAUCCUAUAAACCAAGCAACAUCAAAGGCAAUGUUGACACAGAUGAUCAGCAUCGUAUUCCGGAGGAUGGAGUCUGAUCUGGUCUCUGCUCCCUCAGUUUCUGCUAAUGCUCGAAAACCAGAAGCUCCUUCAGAAGAGAAUUUGAGCUCAAAAGCUGAAGAGACUUCUUCCAGUAAUGAAAAUGAGAAAGAAAUGACAUUGGGUGAUGCGCUAACUCAUGCCAAAGAGACCUCUCUUGCAUCUGUAGAGGAACUUCAAAGCCUUGCUGGCGGUGCUGAUAUUAAGGGUUUAGAGGCUGUUCUUGACAAGGCUGUCCAUCUUGAAGAUGGUAAAAAGAUAACAAGAGGGAUUGACCUGGAGAGCAUGAGCAUAGGACAGCGUGAUGCUUUAUUGGUGUUCCGAACACUUUGCAAGAUGGGUAUGAAGGAAGACAGUGAUGAAGUUACGGUGAAGACACGUAUAUUGUCUCUUGAGCUACUGCAGGGGUUGCUGGAAGGUGUUAGCCAUUCAUUUACUAAGAACUUCCAUUUCAUCGACUCAGUCAAAGCUUAUCUUUCAUAUGCUUUACUGCGGGCUUCGGUUUCUCAAUCCCCUGCCAUCUGUCAGUACGCAACUGGCAUCUUCUCAGUACUCAUGCUGCGUUUUCGAGAAAGUCUUAAAGGAGAGAUCGGUGUCUUCUUUCCCUUGAUAGUUCUACGGUCAUUGGACGGCUCUAAAUCCCCCGUUACCCAAAAAACAAGUGUUCUUCGGAUGCUUGAGAAAAUAUGCAGGGAUCCUCAAAUGCUUGUCGACUUGUAUGUGAACUACGAUUGCGAUCUUGAGGCACCAAAUUUGUUUGAACGCAUGGUUACCACUCUGUCUAAAUUAGCUCAAGGGACACAAAAUGCCGAUCCCAAUUCUGUUGCUCUUUCACAGGCAGCUUCCGUCAAAGGUUCUUCACUUCAGUGCCUUGUGAAUGUGCUCAAAUCGCUUGUUGAUUGGGAGAAAGCACGCAGGGAGUCAAAAGAGCAGAACAAUCUUGAUGAUGUUUCAGAUAGGGAGUCAUUGGAGAUUGAAAAAAAGGACGAUGUGGCCCGGAACUUCGAAAAGGCAAAGGCUCAUAAAUCAUCAUUGGAAGCUGCCAUCUCUGAGUUCAACAGGAAACCUGUGAAGGGUGUAGAGUUUUUGACAUCGAAUAAGUUAGUGGAGAAUUCACCCACUUCUGUUGCCCAGUUCCUGAGGACUACGAACAAUUUAGACAAGGCUAUGAUUGGUGAUUAUUUGGGUCAGCAUGAAGAAUUUCCGCUUGCUGUCAUGCAUGCCUAUGUGGAUUCAAUGAAGUUUUCAGGAAUGAAGUUUGAUAGUGCAAUUCGUGAAUUCCUUAAAGGAUUCAGACUUCCGGGAGAGGCUCAAAAAAUAGAUCGGAUUAUGGAAAAAUUUGCUGAAAGAUAUUGUGCCGAUAACCCGGGCCUCUUUAAAAAUGCAGAUACUGCAUAUGUUCUUGCUUAUGCUGUUAUAAUGUUGAAUACUGAUGCGCAUAACCCGAAUAUAUCGGCUAAGAUGUCGAAAUCGGAUUUUGUACGCAUGAAUGUCAUGAAUGAUGCUGAUGACAAUGCCCCGAAGGAGCUUCUCGAAGAGAUUUACGAUUCUAUAGUUAAAGAGGAGAUCAAAUUGAAAGAUGAGACAGCUGGUAUGGGGAAGAGUGACACAUUGAAGCCGGAAAAUGAGGAAAGAAGCGGCCUUGUCAGUAUUUUGAAUCUUGCUCUCCCUAAAGGAAAGUCAUCAGUCGAUCCUAAGAAUGACAGUGCUGCUAUCGUCAAACAAACACAGGCUAUAUUUCGCAAUCAAGGAGUAAAAAGAGGAGUAUUUUAUUCAUCACAGAAGAUUGAAAUUGCAAAGCCAAUGGUUGAAGCCGUUGGAUGGCCUUUGCUUGCAACUUUCUCGGUUACAAUGGAGGAAGGGGAUAACAAACCCAGAGUUGUUCUUUGUAUGGAGGGAUUCAAAGCUGGGAUACACAUCACUUAUGUUCUUGGAAUGGAUACAAUGCGAUACGCAUUCCUAACUUCCCUGGUUAGGAGUACCUUCUUGCAUGCGCCGAAGGAUAUGCGCAGUAAGAAUGUAGAAGCAUUGCGGACAUUGCUUGCUCUAUGCGAUACAGAGCCUGAUUCUCUCCAAGACACUUGGAAUGCAGUUCUCGAAUGUGUGUCUCGGCUUGAAUACAUAACAUCAACCCCGUCAAUAGCUGCAACUGUGAUGCAUGGAUCCAAUCAAAUUUCUAGGGAUGCAGUUCUGCAAUCUCUUAGAGAGCUUGCUGGGAAACCUGCUGAGCAAGUAUUCGUAAAUAGUGUCAAGUUGCCUAGUGAUACUGUUGUGGAAUUCUUUAAUGCCCUUUGUGGUGUGUCAGCUGAAGAACUAAAACAGACACCAGCUCGUGUUUUCAGCUUGCAAAAGCUUGUGGAGAUCAGUUAUUACAAUAUGGCACGCAUUCGAAUGGUAUGGGCACGGAUAUGGUCUGUCUUGGCGAAUCAUUUUAUUUCUGCUGGGAGCCAUUAUGAUCAGAAAAUUGCGAUGUACGCCAUUGAUUCUCUUAGGCAGCUUGGUAUGAAGUAUCUGGAGCGUGCUGAGUUGGCCAAUUUCACUUUCCAAAAUGACAUCCUCAAACCAUUUGUCGUGCUGAUGAGAAAUAGUCAAAGUGAAUCUUUAAGGGGUUUGAUCGUUGACUGCAUUGUGCAAAUGAUCAAAUCUAAAGUUGGAAGCAUUAAGUCUGGCUGGCGUAGUGUAUUUAUGAUUUUUACGGCGGCCGCUGAUGAUGAGUUGGAAUCUAUUGUUGAAAGUGCAUUUGAAAAUGUUGAACAAGUUAUCUUGGAGCACUUUGAUCAAGUUGUUGGGGAUUGUUUUAUGGACUGCGUUAACUGCCUUAUACGGUUUGCUAAUAACAAAAGUUCUCAUCGAAUAAGUUUGAAGGCUAUUGCUCUUCUACGUAUAUGUGAGGAUCGUCUAGCUGAGGGCCUUAUACCUGGUGGUGCAUUGAAGCCUAUUGACGUGGAGGCAGAUGCACACUUUGAUGUGACAGAGCACUACUGGUUCCCAAUGCUGGCAGGUUUAUCUGAUCUGACAACUGAUCCUAGACCAGAGGUCAGAAGCUGUGCACUUGAAGUUUUGUUUGAUCUGUUGAACGAGAGAGGUAGCAAGUUUUCAACAUCAUUUUGGGAGAGUAUCUUCCACCGUGUCUUGUUUCCCAUUUUUGAUCAUGUGAGGCAUGUGGGAAAGGAAGGCUCAGCUUCUUCUGGGGAUGAAUGGCUUCGAGAAACCAGCGUCCAUUCUCUUCAGUUGCUGUGCAAUCUAUUCAACACUUUUUACAAGGAGGUCUGUUUUAUGCUGCCACCGCUAUUAAGUCUGCUCUUGGAUUGUGCCAAAAGAACUGAUCAGUCCGUUGUUUCAAUUUCUCUGGGUGCACUGGUGCACCUCAUCGAAGUUGGCGGACAUCAAUUUAGUGAGAGUGAUUGGGAGACUUUAUUGAAAAGCAUAAGAGAUGCUACAUAUGCAACGCAACCUCUUGAACUUCUCAAUGCAUUGGGAUUUGAGAACCUGAAAAACCCCACAGCAUUGACCAAGGAAUCAGAGGUUAAUACGGGGGAUAUUGCCUCACCACGGGCUCUAGACAAUGGCGAAGUAUAUGAUCAUCAAUUGGAUGUCAAUGAUGUAGCUCCAAAGAGCACAAGCGCGUAUCUGAAUCGCCAUCAAGAAUUGCCAUCUCCUUCUAACUUGGAUGGUUAUGACGGUGAAGGUGUUCCAUCACCAUCAGGAAGAUCUCAGAAAUCAGUAGAAGGAGGCAUUCAACGUAGUCAAACUUUUGGUCAAAGAAUAAUGGGGAAUAUGAUGGACAAUCUCCUCCUUAGAAGUUUUACUUCCAAAUCAAAAGGUCAUGCUUUGGAUGCUUCAGUGCCAUCUUCUCCAGCUAAGGUUUCAAAUGUCACCGAACCUGAUGCAAAAGAUGAGGAGGAGACUCCAUUGUUACAAACAGUUAGAGGGAAAUGCAUUACACAGUUACUACUACUUGGUGCCAUUGACAGUAUUCAGAGGAAAUACUGGAGCAAGUUGAAAGCACCACAAAAGAUUGCGAUAAUGGACAUAUUGUUCUCCGUGUUGGAAUUUGCUACUUCUUAUAAUUCAUACAGCAACCUCCGGAUGCGAAUGCGAUACAUUCCUGCUGAAAGGCCACCAAUUAGUCUUCUUCGCCAGGAAUUAGCUGGAACAUGCAUUUAUCUGGACAUAUUACAAAAGACGACAGGACAUUGUGUCAAGAACGAGGAGCAUUCUGAAGCCAAUGGGUCUUCUGACGCAGAUCAUAAUUCAUUCAACAGUGAUGAGGAAAAACUUGUAGGGAUUGCUGAAGAUAAGCUGGUCUCGUACUGUGAACAGGUGCUCAAGGAGGCAUCUGCUCUCCAGUCCAAUGUGGUGGAAAGCACUAACAUGGAUAUCCACCGAGUACUGGAGUUGCGUUCGCCUGUCAUAGUAAAGGUGCUCAAAGGCAUGUCUUCUAUGAACACUAAAAUUUUCAGGAGACACCUGAGAGAGUUUUAUCCUUUACUCACAAAACUUGUAUGCUGCGAUCAGAUGGAUGUUCGCGGAGCUCUUGGUGAUCUGUUCAAGACUCAAUUAAUGGUUCUCCUGCCAUCAUAACCUGUGUUAUUCGUGAGUUUUUCCAAGUGAUGAUUUUCCGCGGUACAUACCUUCCAUACAGAUCAACUCUUGUUCUGCGGACUUUCACGAUCUCCCACCAUUUGAUAUUGUUCGCUAGAGAUGGGUGAAAAUGGUGAUUUUUCCCGUCUCGUUUUACCCUCGACAGAGAUAUAGAUCACCGAUCAUGUAUUGCUAGGAAGAUUUUGAGUAGCGGAGAGUUCAGUUCUUUUCCCAUCUUUAAGGUUUUUUGACGUGUGGGGGUAUAUUUGUAGAAGCCUAGGAUGUGUAUCAAGAAGUGAAUUAGAGAACCAUCAAACGAAUUUUUUUAUACAAAUGAAGUGGGCUCUCUUUUCAGAA